CAUAUAUUUCGCUACAGUUGUUUUCUCCAUUCUUCUCAAAACUUCAUCACAUUCAAAGCCAAGUGUGUGUUGUUUUUAUUUCUUGAAGAUGAAGAAUGAAGAAUGGUCACCAUACAUUACUUCUUCUGACAAAACAUUGAAAGAAAAGACUUUGAAACGGCAAAAGGUGAACAAAGCCUUAUCAAUUUUUAGGGGCUUGUCUCACAAGCUGUAUUGUGAGUACAAGUUAAGUGAAGUUAAGAACUUCAACUUAAAAACAAAAGCUUUGACAGAAGCUGCAAUGAUUAUGAAAGAGAAACAUCAAUGGGAAAACACUUGGAAGAGAUUAGGGCAUGUAGAUGGAAUUGAAGUUGGUGAUCACUUUCAGUACAGGGCUGAACUUGUUGUCAUUGGUCUUCAUCAGCAAUUCCGCAAUGGUAUUGAUUUUUUGGGUAAAGGUGAGUUUUCUUUGGCAACUAGUAUUGUUGUAACUCAUAGGUAUGAUAAUGUUAGGAAGUCUGGUGGUUGUUUGGUUUAUGAAGGUCAAGGUAGUAAUCCUAAUGUGCGGACAAGAGCCGCGGCUCCUCGCGAUCAGAAAUUGGAAGGGGGAAAUCUAGCUUUGAGGAAUAGUAUGAUUGCUAGGAAGCCUGUUAGGGUUAUAUUGAAGGUUUGUGGGAAAUUUAAUGGUAUGGAAGAAUGGAAGAACACCGUUUCUGAUUAUUCAUAUGUAUAUGAUGGGCUGUAUUCGAUUGACAGGAUGUCUCAAGAUAGGGGACAAUUUGGAAAACUUGUGUUCAAGUUUGUACUGAACAAAAUUUCGGAUAAAUCCGCAAGUGUUUUCCCUCGGGAUGUUGUUAAGGGAAGAGAAACUUUCUUGAAGAGACAGAAUUCUAAAUGUCAUGCUCUCGACAAGGAUGUGAUUCGAAUAAAUGAUAUUUCAGAGGGGAAAGAAAAACAUCCAAUUCGAGUGGUGACACCAAUAAGUUGUGUGGAGAAACCUAAACCCUUUGGCUACCUAGUCAAAAUGAGUUAUCCAAAGAUGAAUCAUUCAACACUAGGUGGUGGAUGUGAUUGUGAAAAUGCAUGUGUUGAUUCUCUUAAAUGUGUUUGCAUGGCUAAGAAUAAUGGUGGGACAAUAGCUUAUGGUGCUAACAAAAGACUGGUUUCUCCUACGAAACCAUCCUUUAUAUACGAGUGUGGCCCUUCUUGCGCGUGUUCAUCCUCUUGCAUCAACCGAGUGAGUCAAUGUGGUAUUCAGUUCCAACUAGAAAUCUUCAAAACAAAUUGGAAGGGGUGGGGUGUUAGAACGCGAUCUUUCAUUCCAUCCGGAAGCUUUGUGUGUGAGCUCAUUGGAGAGCUUGUUCAUGAAAACAAUGAAAAAGCUGGAUCAAAUCCACAUGUUAAUGACUACAUGUUUAAUAUAGGUGGUGGCAGGUUCAUUGAUGCAAGUCGACAUGGAAACAUCGGAAGGUUUAUAAAUCAUAGUUGUUGUCCUAACCUAUGCAUGAAAGAUGUUAUGUAUGAUCACAAUGACAAGAGUCAACCACACAAAAUGCUGUUUGCUUUAAAGGACAUAGCUGCAGGUAGAGAGGUUAGUUAUGAUUACAAUUGCUGCAAGGGGAAUAUCAAGGGAUUGAGUAAUAUUUGCUACUGUGGUUCAUCACAAUGCAAUGGAUGUAUCUUCAAUUGAAGGUAUGAUUGGUGUUAAAUGAGGGAUUUGGAUUCUUAGAAAUAGAACAGCAAUUAAGGAAUAUAUGAAGCUGCUUUAGUAUGUAAUUGUUGUAGGAAUUUUUUUUCUUUGAAACUCCUAGUAGUAGUAGUAUGUUAAUUUGUUAGGAUUUGUAGGUGGGAAUCAAAUCAUACUGGUGACUCACACUGAACUUUUUUUAA